AUGGUCUUCAACACGGUAAUAUGUGCCGGGUUACCCGGUAGUAAUUCCAAGAGAGCGUUUUUCGUUCACGGUCUUUAUUUCUCUGAGAUGAAGUUUCCCGAGCGGAAGUUAUUCGCCACAAGUUCCACUCUCCGCAACUUCGGGGCACUGGCACAUGCCAAGUUUCCCACUCUUGAUGCUGCCCUUCCUAUACGAGGGACCUAUAAUGAGUUCUACUUGUUUUACGGAACCCAAGUUGCAUAUUGGGGCUACGGAGACACCCAAACCCACGAUGGACCUUGGAAAAUCACCGACAAGUUCAAGAGUCUCGGAAAAGCCGGGUUCGAUAUCAUCGAUGCUGCUAUGCAUGUGCCAGGAAAGGAUGACGAAGCCUUCUUUUUCCGCGGGACGAGCUAUGUUAAGAUACAUCUGAAGGACGAUCGCAUUACUUCCGGCCCUGACAGUCUGGUCAAUAAGUGGCCUGGUUUGACCCAGGCUGGUUUUGAUGCUGUCGAUGCUAUCAUGCCUGUUCCUGAUAAAAGCGAUGAGUUUUACUUUUUCAGGGCGAACAAACUUGCGACAAUCAAAGUCACCACUGGAGCCCCUGAUCAGAUUGUGGACGGACCUGAAAAUCUAGUAUCUUCCGAGUACGGCGUGACUGCCUGGAAUGGAGCAUUUAGAUUCCUCCAUCAGAGGGUGAAUUCGUGGUAG